AACCAUGAAUUAUAUAUAUUACGCCAGCGUGUGCUUUCAAACAUGACAGUGAUGACAAUCAUGACAUCUAAAAAAAAAAACCAUUAAUUUGUUAAUGCAACUAGCUAUGAACGUAAUUGACUUAUAUUCUUGUUUUAAUCUAUGCUACUUGCACUAGCACAUCUUCAACUUUCACAAUCAAAAACCAUGAAUUAUACCCUACCAAAAAAAACCUCACUUCUAUGUUUUUGCAUUUAUCUUUUUAUCUCCUCGGGUAAAUCCAUACAAUCCCCUUCAAUAUGUCACCCAAAUGAUCAAAAAGUCCUACUACAAAUCAAGAAUCACUUCCAUAACGCCUCUUGUUUCGCAACAUGGAUGCCUGAUUCCGACUGCUGUUCUUGGUCCGGUAUCAAAUGUGAUGACAAUGAUUCUAACCCAGGCCGUGUUACUGUCUUCAGAAUCGGAGCAAACGCUGUCAACUGCAUAUCAGGCCAAAUCCCGCCGAUGUUAGGUGAUCUGCCCUUUCUUAGGAAACUGACUCUAAACUUUCAAGAUAACUUGACUGGCUCGAUUCCAUUACGUUUGAGCAAGCUCACUAGGCUUGAGUGCCUUCAUCUUUGCUGCAACAAUCUCACCGGGCCGAUCCCCAGUUUCUGGGGGCCGGAGUUCGAGAGUUUGCAUCUACUUGGUCUCCAUCUAAAUUACUUUACUGGGACUAUACCAUCAUCCUUGUCGCUCCUCCCAAAUAUCACUAGCCUUGCACUGUUCAGCAACUUGCUAACUGGUUCAAUCCCAGAGAGUUUUGGAUCAUUCAAGACUAAUCUUUCUCUAACAUUGUUGAACAACAAAUUAUCUGGUCCUAUCCCUAGAUCGUUGGGCCAAGCGAAUUUCACAAUCAUAGAUUUGUCCUACAACCAAUUUAGUGGAGAUGCAUCAUUUUUGUUUGCUAGAGAUAAACCUCUUCAAAGAAUCUCACUAAGACAAAACAAGUUCAAGUUUGAUUUCACCAAUAUAAACUUGCCCAAGGGAUUAAGGUCUCUUGACAUAGCUGACAAUGAGAUCUAUGGAUCAUUUCCGAAACGACUCGGGCUGUUGCAGCCGAAGUUUAACGAUGUGAGUAACAACAACCUGUGCGGCCGCAUCCCUACUAGCCGACGGUUGAUACGGUUUGACACUUCUGAUUUGGUCCGCAAUAAUGAAUGUCUUGGUGAUAUUUUGUUACCCCCUUGCAAGAUGUUAAUGUGUGAUGAGAAACAAAUUCUAGAAUUUUAACUUAGUCUAGCUAUAUGUUGGCUGACUACAACGGUUGCUAUGACUCUAGAAUGAAUGUUUUAUGCAAGAGGCUAAAAUAAUCCUGAAUUUAGCCUAUUUCUUUUCUCA